CCCAGUAGCUGUGCACGAGCACUCUGGAGCAGCCGCUACCAAGCUUUCGCCUUGGCCGCAAUAAUACUGUGUUGGUAGCGGAGGGGCAGGCGGUGCGGAUCCGCCGCUCCGUGGAGGCGCGAACGGAGCUCGCAGCCCCCUCCUUCCCUCCUCCCCCUCCCCUUCUCGCGCGCACUCCCUCCCCUGCCCUGAGCCAGCUGCCGGGAUUUCAGUAUUAUGGCAUCGAGGAGAAUGGAGACCAAACCCGUGAUAACGUGUCUGAAAACCUUACUCAUCAUCUAUUCCUUCGUUUUCUGGAUAACUGGUGUUAUCCUUCUUGCUGUCGGUGUCUGGGGAAAGUUGACUUUAGGCACGUAUAUCUCGCUUAUUGCUGAAAAUUCCACUAAUGCUCCAUAUGUUCUCAUCGGGACGGGUACCACAAUCAUUGUCUUUGGACUGUUUGGCUGCUUUGCAACAUGUCGGGGAAGCCCAUGGAUGCUGAAACUGUAUGCUAUGUUUCUAUCUCUGGUCUUCCUGGCUGAGCUAGUGGCUGGCAUUUCAGGAUUUGUAUUUCGCCAUGAGAUUAAAGACACCUUCCUCAGGACAUACACUGAAGCCAUCCAGAAUUACAAUGGAAAUGAUGAGAAGAGCCGUGCAGUGGAUGAUGUACAACAGAAUCUGAGUUGCUGUGGUGUCCAGAACUACACCAACUGGAAUACUAGCCCUUAUUUUAAUGAACACGGCAUUCCCCCAAGUUGUUGUAUGAACUCGAGUGACUGUAAUCCUCUGGAUCUGCGUAACAUGACUAUUGCUCCUACUAAAAUAAACCAGAAGGGUUGUUACGAUCUGGUGACCAGUUUUAUGGAGACCAAUAUGGGAAUCAUAGCUGGAGUGGCUUUUGGAAUUGCAUUCUCACAGCUGAUUGGCAUGCUGUUGGCGUGUUGUCUGUCCCGAUUUAUUACUGCCAAUCAGUAUGAGAUGGUGUAACAAGGAAUAUGAAAUACAGUACCUGUUUUCAAUCAGGAACUAGAUAAUUCUUGGAAGACUUCUAAACAAAGUUAGAGCACACAUACACAACUCUACGUAUACACACAUAAAGACAACACUUUCUCAACUCCGUACCAUGCGUAAUGUACCAUUCCGUGAAGUACUGUUGUGCCACAAAAAGUAGCCUGAACCAUUGAGCAUCCAGUACUGUACGCUCCAUCUCAACGGCUGUGCGUAUGAUGGCACUGUAUGUUUGUUCUUGAUCAGACUGUAGUUGCAUUGUAAAGUAAACGGAGGUAAUUCAUUGACAGCAAUGAUUAGGCUGUGCAUGUAGUGACUGGAGGGCAUCAUUAGCCUUUCACCAUGGUUAAUAAAUGUUGCACACAUCCAUAUUAAACCUGUAUAGAAAAAUAUAUAUUAUUUUGGUUUAUCAAGUUUUUAAUUCCUCGAUUUUGUUUAUAGCUUUUACUAAAGUGUGUCUAAUCUCCCCUUUCCAACAACUGCCCAAAAUAAGAAAAAACAAGUUACAUAACAUGGGAAAAUACUUGAAAGUAAAUGUGCAAAAUCAUGUUGAGGGAAAUUAAUGUAUCAAUAUUCUGCUGCAUCUUUCAUUCUUGAUCAGUGUUGUGUGCCUAGUGUUUUUGCCAGUAGGCCUUUGUCUAGUGCAUUUUGCCUCAGAAUCUGAACUUGUGUAAUACCGUUACUAAGCUGUGUUGUUUGCUUACUGUGAAGCCAGUAAUUUUGCUUCCUUUGAUUAGAUAAUUAUGAAUCAGAUUGUGCUGUAAUGCAACUUUUUCUUAUACCCUUCUUUCUGUUUCCUUCUCCUUUUGCAUUGAAGUUGCCACCAAAUUCAUUGUCAAAUCAAUCAAAUUUAAUAACAACAAAAAGAAUGUGUGGAAUAUUUUUCAGGAUGGGGAGCAAAAGUUUAAGACCUUUUUAAAAAAAAAAAGGUUUUUUUUAAUAAGGCCUCUGUCUAGCAUGCCAGCAAGAAUGCAUUGAUAUUGUAUUUGUGAUAUACAUAUUAAUAAAUGGAACCAUUACAGAUUUC